AGAAAGACAGCAGAGGACAACGAUGCUGCAGCUGGGAGACGAAGUCACCCUGUACUCGGUCGUCUUCGUGGUGGUCCUUCUGGGCACCCGGAGCCCGGUGUGGACAACCGUCCUCACCGCCUCCCUCUACCUCUUUCUGGCCAUGUUCCGGUUCCCUCAAGUACCUGUCAGCCGAGCCCAGCAGGUGCUGCACCCAGCCAACGGCGCGGCUGGCUCCGGCAAGGUGUCGGUGGUCGCUCAUCGGGGCGGUGGGCACGACGCACCGGAGAACACAAUAGCAGCUAUCAGGGAGGCCAGUAAAAAUGGGGCAACUGGUGUGGAGUUGGACCUGGAGUUCUCAGCAGAUGGCGUCCCAUUACUGAUGCACGAUGAGACUGUGGACCGGACCACCAACGGGUCAGGACCAAUCAGCCAGAUGAGAUUUUCUGACUUGGGUAAACUGGACGCAGCUGCUAAACAUCGACUCAGGGAGAAAUUUGCUGGAGAGAAGAUCCCAACCUUGGAGGAGGCAGUGGAAGAAUGCAUCAAACUGCAACUCACCAUCUACUUUGAUGUCAAAGGUCAUCCAGAUGAGUCAGCCGCAGCUCUUAAAGAACUGUAUAAGAAACAUCCAGUCCUCUACAACAGCAGCAUCGUCUGCUCCUUUGAGCCUAAAGUCAUCUACAGGAUGAGACAGAGUGACCCAGAGGUGGUCACAGCAUUGACCCACAGGCCAUGGAGCCUGAGUCGAUUCGGAGAUGGUGCCCCGCGUUUCUCAUCACUAUGGAAGCACCAUUGGAUGACACUAAUGGACAUCACGCUGGACUUGGCGCAACAUCAUGUGCUGUGGAAACUCUGUGGCAUCUCAGCCUUCUUGAUACAAAAGAACUUUGUCUCACCGGACUAUGUGCAGUACUGGGCCCAGAGAGGGGUGGAGGUGGUUGCCUGGACAGUCAACACAAAAGUGGAGAAAGAGUAUUACCAGGAGGUGCUACAAGUCAACUACAUCACAGACAGCCUGGUGGAAGACUGUGAACCUCAUUACUGACACUCACAUGAACCCAGCAGAAUAUGCUCAAACACAUACUAGGAACAUUUCACUGCUCAUCACCCAUAUGUGGCAUAAGGUAAGAGAACAUACAGUAUGCCACACUUUUGUUUCCAUGCAUAUUUCCGAUCAAACUGAUCAGACUGGGCACCAUACUUACUAACAAGAAGCCAUGUAACAGGUUUAUUCUGAUUGAUUCAUUUUAAUAUUAUGAUGAAUUCUCUCAGACUUGUUGAGACAACUGCAUUUAUAGACAUUUUAAUAUAAACAUUUUACAUUUUGGUAAUGCGUGUCUAUAAUAGACCUUAAUCAAAUGUACUGUAUUCACCAACUCAGGACUACAAUGAUUUUUUUUGUCUUGGUAAUUAAGUCUGUUUUACUGUCUCUGUACAUACAUGAACACCAUGUCAUGCGCUGCCUGUGCUUUUUACUUAGUAAAGCUCAUUAGUCUGAAGUAAGCUACCUAGAGAUGAUUUACAGUAGGGUCAAAAAGUCUGAGGCCACUUUGGGAGUGUAUGAAAAAUGAAUAUAAGUUUAUAAGUAAUACAUUUGAGAAAUGCACCUAUGGAGCUAAGAUGUAGAAUAGAUUAAGAAUGGUAUACAAAUAUUAGGUUUUUCAGUUUGUGUCAUUCUUCUGUGUGGCACCAAUUUACUGUUGUAGAGUUCUCUCUGAAAAAGCAGCUUCUUGUUUUCACAUUUUUGAUGGCUGCACAGUCCAGUGUGUGGCGGGUUCAGAGUGCAUACACACACUGUACAAUAUCAUAACUACACAGUUUAGUAUUUACAUUAUUUCUAAAUUAUUAAGUAAUUAGGUUUGAGAAAAGUAAUUUGCUCUUUGGUAGGUGACUCCACUGUGUCUGUAGAGCAGAUACCAGUAAGUCCAGUACUCUAAUAACAAAUAAUCAUUCUGCAACUAUUCUCAAAUUCUCCUGUUGAGCCACAAGAUAAUGAAUUAGAAUUACUCUUGAGUACAAUUUAGUAACAUUGCACUAAAUGUGGAAAAACACUAGGACAGUGCAGUACAGCUCCACGAUGAAAUAGGUUGGAAUAAGGGAUUAAGGAGUGAAUGUACAGAGAUUAUAUGAGGCUUUAUAGAUGAAGAAAUGUGUGAGACGCUGACUGCUGGGAGUGGAUGUAAUAGACUGACUAAUGAUAUAUUCGGCAGCAGCACCUCACAUACAGUACAGUGGUGUAGUACACAACACAUGUAAAUAGACAGAAAAUAGACCUUUCUCAUGGCAGAUAUGUUUCAUAGCAGAAAAAGCACAGGUGUAAUUAAAAAAGCUAACGACGGCUCUGUUGCAUUUAGGUAUACAAGUAAGCUGUGUCAGUGAGACAGCAUCUGCAACAUCAGGGACCAUCAGCUCUAAUUAAUGUUAUUAAUUACACCUGUGUUCAACAAGCUAAAUUCCUUAUUAGGUGAUGGUGCUCUGAAAUAAGUCAAUUAGAAGGCUAAACUACUUAUAUAUAUUCUUUGACCCAAAUAUCAACCUCAGCUGCUUUUGAUUUGUGCUGAAAUUAAUCUAAGCGGACAUGACAAUUUUAAAAUCAUUAAAAAUGAGUCUUGUAAUUUUCAAGGAUAAUGAAAAGUGAAAGAUUUAUUUCGCUUUUGAAAAUUAAAAGAAAUAAAUUAUGAAAAUUUGAUUUCGUAUGAUUGAAAGUUGUGAUGAAUGAUUGAUUGAAUUUAAUAAAAUGCUGGAUGUCUCCAUUUAAAGUGA